AUGUCGCCGUACCUGUACCGGGUACGGCUUGCUGAUAAUGCUAACCCUUCAAGGGUGGGUAGGCCUAAUGUGUUGGGGAGCCCUUUUCAGCCUUUUGGUAUUCCUCAAAUUACCAAGCCUGUUAGCCAUCCUAAAGUUUUGCCUUGCAUUCCUCAGACUGGAGGUGAUCAAAAAUCUGCUCGACUUCAAAUUUGUGAUGAUGCUGCCAUUGAACAAGUGGUGAAUCAGUAUAGUAGGGGACUUGAAUUGGUUGUGGAUACCAAACCAGGUAAGCCAACUCUGGUGGAUUCCUUUUUCCCUUCUAGGAAUGAUUUGGGAGAUAUAGGGUUUAUUGCUAGUCCAUAUGCUCGUAAUAGAUUCUCUCCUCUUUCUGGAAAGGUGGUAGAUGCUACUGGUGCUACUUCUUCUUCAGUUGUUCCGAAUGUGGAAGAUAGUAUGCCUGGCCGUGUCGAUGAUGAUCUUCCUUUGAAUGUGAAAGAUGUUGCUCCUCCUUUGCCCAAGGGUGGAAGGGGUAAGGCUAAAGGGAAAGGUGAGGCUAAAGUCAGGCCUGGUUGGGAUCCUCAGGUUUUUUCUGCUUCUUUGGCGUUUUGCUCUGCCCAAAUGAUUGUGGUAGUUGUUGAAGUGAUUGUUGAGCGCAAGAUGUUCUAUGCUUCUAUUGUGUAUGGGAUGAACUUAGCUAGAGAUAGAAUUGGACUGUGGUCUGCUUUGAGGGAUCUGCCAGAUGAGAGGUUGGAGGGCUUUGAUGAGUCGGCUGCUUCUGACUUCAAUAGUUGCUUGGAGGAUAUUAGUAUGCAUGAUAUGGUUACAAAAGGGUUUCAAGAUAUCCUUCACUCUUCUUGGAACAUUACUUGUGGAAGGAAUCCGAUGGAAAGGCUCAGUCAGAAGCUUAGGGGCCUUAAGCCUAUUCUUAAGGCUUUUCAUAAACAACACUAUAGUAACCUCAGUAGGAGAGUUCAGGCUGCUCGGGUCAAUCUAUCUAAAAUUCAGAGUUUGUGCCUCAGAUUUGGUCAUGAUCAAGCUUUAUGUGACCUUGAGAAGGAUUUGGUUCAACAAUUCUAUGCUCUUUCCAGUGCUGAAGAGGCCUAUAAACAGCAAAAGUCUAGAGUGAAUUGGCUGGCUUUGGGGGAUAAGAAUACAAAAAAAUUUCAUCAAAAAAUGAAUGCCCAUAGAGUGAGGAACACUAUUCUUAGCUUGGUAAGUGUUCAAGGUGUUACAUUGGAUAACCCUGCUGAUAUUGAGGUGGAAAUUCUUGGGGAGGGUUUAAUAAGGCCUGUCUCUGAAGGGCAAAUUCUGAGUGCUCUUAAAUCUAUUCACCGUGACAAGGCCCCUGGGCCUGAUGAGUUUAAUUCUGCUUUCUUUCAGGAUAAUUGGAGCAUUAUCAAGGAGGACUUUGUGGCAGGUAUUCUCUUUUUCUUUGAAUCUGGAUAUAUGCCUGUGGGAUGGAAUUCUACUGCUGUUACUCUAGUGCCUAAAGUUUCUGCUCCUCAUUCUCUUAAGGACUAUAGACCUAUAGCGUGCUGUAAUACAGUGUAUAAAUGUAUUACCAAAGUUCUUGCCACCGACUUCAAGCAGUUUUACCCAGAGAUUGUUAGGGGUUACCACAGGGAUCAAGGGCCUCCUCGUUGUACUAUAAAGCUUGAUAUCAUGAAAGCCUAUGAUAGUGUCGAUUGGGAUUUCCUUGUUUCAGUUAUGAGGUAUAUGGAGUUCCCUGUUCAAUUCAUUGACUGGGUCAGGGCUUGUGUUUCCACUCCUCAUUUUUAUGUGGUUAUUAAUGGUGAGCUGAGAGGUUUUUUUCCAGGAAGGAGAGGAUUAAGGCAAGGGGAUCCUAUUUCCCCUUGCCUUUUUUUGUUAGUCAUGGAGGCUUUUUCUGCAAUUCUGCUUUCUAGAAUAGCUCAAGGGGGGUUCACUUAUCAUCCUAAAUGUGUUGAUAUCAACCUCUCCCAUUUGGCCUUUGCUGAUGAUAUGUUUAUUAGUGCAUGUUUCUUUGCUGGAGUUGGGGAUGAGUUGAAGCAGGGUUUGAGGUCUAUUUUGGAGAUUCCAGAAGCUUCCCUUCCUGUUAAAUACCUUGGGGUUCCUCUUAUAUCUACCAAAUUGAGAUAUUCUGAUUGUCUUAUGAAGGAGAUUGAGAGCAUGCUUAGUGCUUUCCUUUGGCAAGGAAUACAACUAAAAACCUCUGGAGCCAAAGUGGCUUGGAGUACUGUGUGUACGCCUAAGAAAGAAGGUUGUUUAGGUUUUAAAAGGUUAAAAGAUUGGAAUAAGGCUUCUAUGCUGAGACACUUAUGGGCUCUUUGCAAGAAGGAAGACAUCCUUUGGCUUUUUGGUCUGAGGAGAGUGGGUCUUCAAUAUAUCAAAGCUCAGAUUGGGAAUGGCAAGAAUACUUUUUUGUGGCUAGAUAAUUGGCACAAUCUUGGCCCUCUAUUACUCAAAUAUGGUGAUGGUGUGACUACUAAUCUUGAGAUAUCGUUGCUAAUACUUGACCCUAAUCUUUUACCUCAUCCUGCAAAUGAGGAUUCUGUAAUCUGGACUUUGUCUCCAUUAGGGUGUUAUUCUGCAAAGUCUGCUUGGGAGGCUCUUAGAUCUUCAGUUUCUGAGGUUGAAUGGUAUCAUUUGGUUUGGCACAAGAGGCAUGUUCCGAGGUGGUCUUUUAUUCAAUGGGUGAGUAUUCUGGGGAGGUUGAAUACUCGAGACAGGUUAAUGGAGUGGGGUAUUGUCCAUGAUAGUAGCUGUGACUUAUGUUUGGGGAGUGUUGAAUCACAUGCUCACUUGUUCUUCUCUUGCCAUUUCUCCUCUCGAGUCUGGUUAGGGAUCGGAGCUCAGUUGGGUUCUUUCACUCAUGAUUGGUCUCUUGCUUCUGAGGUUUCUUGGGGUUCUCAUUCUUGCAAAAAUAAAUCUAUAUGGGCUUCUUUGCUUAAGCUUUGCCUAGCUGCAGCUAUUUACUACAUUUGGAGGGAGAGGAAUGGACGCAUCUUUCAACAGAUUGGGCAUAAUCCUGAGGCUUUUCCCCCCUGCUUGUUGCCUAGGUUUGGUUGUAUUCUGUUUGCAGGCUUUUCCCCCCUGCUCGUGAAUGAAUUUGGGGCAGUCGGAGGGUCUCCCGAGGCAACCGAAAAAUACCUCCGAAGUUCAUCUUAUUUGGACAUUUUAGCAGUUAAUGUGACUGUUAUAUCACCCCAUGAUGCAACAAUUGACAUGAAAAGCUCACUGAAAUCAGUAUCUUCCAAAAUAAAUCAACAGUAUCAAUUUAACAACUGGUAUCUCGGAUGCCUAAAAGAUCCUGAAACUCCAAAAAUCUCAUGCAUCAUCAAAAGAACAGAAGAGCUUUAG